AUGGCGGCGGUGGUGGAAGUGGAGGUUGGGGGCCCCCUGGACCGCGACGUGGAGGAGGUGAGGGCGGGGCUUGCUGCCCCACGGCGGCGGGGGGAGGGGCCUAUGUGGGGGGAGGGGUGGGGGGCGGAGGUUGGGGGGCUCCGGAGGGGGAGGGGCAGCAUCCUAACCGCCGGUAGGAUUAUUGCUAUUAAUACUAUUAUUACUGUUGCCACAUCAUUAACAGCAUCAUUGUCAUUUUUCUUAAUUAAAUAUAAUCUCAGGGGACCUCAGCCUUUGCCACUUAAUGCUCGGUUUAACCUCCACCCGCUUCUUAGCUUAAACCCUUAUUUUAUUUUAUUUUAUUUUAUUUUAUUUUAUUUUAUUGGUAGCACCUUAUCCCUUUUGGUUUCUCCAUUGCAUUUCCUUCCCCUGACAGACAAAAUCCUCUCCCCUUCCUCAGAGGGAUCCACGUACCCCCCUCGCCCCCACUCCCCCAGCUCCAUUCCUCCCCCGGGCCAAUCUCAAUUGGCCCUCACAACAGUCCUGCCAGGUAGGCUGGGCUGCGGCCGGCCCAAGGUCGCCCAGGGAGCGCCAUAGCUGCCGCCCAAGUCUGGACCCCGAGACUUUGCCAUCUCUCUCUCUCUCCCCGUCCCUCCUCUCAGACCAAAGAAUCAUAGAGUCGGAAUGGGACCCCUGCAAGUCAUCUAGUCCAACCCACUGCAAGGCAGGAAUCUCAGCAAAAGCAUCCAUGACAGCAUCCAACCUCUGCUUCCGCCACCUUCUGAGGGAGUCCGUUCCGCUGCUGAACAGCUCUUACCAUCGGAAAUUUAGUCGGAAUCUCCUUUCUUGCAACUUGAAGCCAUUGCUUUCGGUCCUAGCCUCUGAAACAGUAGAAAACAAGCUUGUUCCCAGAAGACAGAACUUCAAGCACAUACUGUGUUUUUAUAUGUGCCGGAAGCCCCCCAGAGUGGCUGGGGCAACCCAGUCAGAUGGGUGGGGUACAAAUAAACUAUUACUGUAUUUUUUGCUCUAUAAGACUCACUUUUCCCCUCCUAAAAAGUAAGGGGAAAUGUGUGUGCGUCUUAUGGAGCGAAUGCAGGCUGCGCAGCUAUCCCAGAAGCCAGAACAGCAAGAGGGAUUGCUGCUUUCACUGCACAGUGACCCCUCUUGCUGUUCUGGCUUCUGAGAUUCAGAAUAUUUUUUUUUCUUGUUUUCCUCCUCCAAAAACUAGGUGCGUCUUGUGGUCUGGUGCGUCUUAUAGAGCGAAAAAUACGGUAUAUCCAUGUGACAGCCCUUGAGAUAUUUGAAGACGGCUUUUCUAUCUCCUCUCAGUCUUAUCUUUUACAGGCUAAACAUGCCCAGCUUUUUCAACCGUUCCUCAUCAGGCUUGGUUUCCAGACCCUUGUUCCUCUUGGUCACUCUCCUCUGCACACAGCUUGUCAAUAUCCUUCUUAAACCAGGGUGCCCAGAACAGGACACAGAGCUCCAGGUUUGCUAUGAAAUUAGCUGUGAUUCCUUCAUUCCUGGGGGUUGAGUUACUAGGAUCCUCUGAGUCCCUUCCAACUCUAUAAUUCUGUUGUUUUAAAUCCAGUGUCACAUUCCUUUCCCAAUACCCAGGGUAAUCACACCUUUUUGCUGCUGCUACAGUUGCUGUUGCACAUAUAGUGUGAUUACCAAUGAGUGGGGCUUCAACAUACAGCAUAAGCAGAGAAACAGGUCCCUGCCCCGAGGAACAUGCAGUGUUAAAAAUGUCACAGAGGCAGGGGAGGAGUAACAAAGAAAGAACCUUAAAAGGGCCUUGUUGCUAGAUCAGACCAAAGGGCGUCCAUCUAGGUCAUCAUCAAUUGUAUUAUAUUAUUAUUAUUAAUUGAAUUUGUAUACUGCCCUGUACCCAUAGGUCUCAGGGCAGUUCACAACAUAAAAUCACAAUAGAAAAAAAGACAAAAUCUUUCUCCCUGCAAUGGGAAGCCCAGAGGCAGGACAUGAAAGCAGCAGCACUUUCCUCUACUUGGAUUCCCCAGUGGCUGGUAUUCAGAAAGACACCAGACCUCUAGUGGAGCCGGCCCAGUAGGGAAAAUGGGGCAUUGUCCCACCAACCUCAGUCUGCCCUCCGCCAACCUUCACGUGCCUUCUUACAACAGUCCAACAGGUGGCCCUGCCUACCAGCUUCCUCCUCCUCUGCCUCAGUGUCGCCCUUGAUGAACUCAGCAGGAUGGAGACAAAACUAGAAGCCGUUGGCAUAGGCUUUGCCUACUGCUUGCCUCCCUGCCUUCCGCCUCACCAGGCCAGCGGGCACCAGCCAUCACUGGCUGCCUCUCAUAUUGGAAGUAUUUUUUAAUAUACCGUAUUUUUUGCUCCAUAAGACUCACUUUUUCCCUCCUAAAAAGUAAGGGGAAAUGCGUGUGCGUCUUAUGGAGCGAAUGCAGGCUGUGCAGCUAUCCCAGAAGCCAGAACAGCAAGAGGGAUUGCUGCUUUCACUGCACAGCGAUCCCUCUUGCUGUUCUGGCUUCUGAGAUUCAGAAUAUUUUUUUUCUUGUUUUCCUCCUCCAAAAACUAGGUGCGUCUUAUGGUCUGGUGCAUCUUAUAGAGCGAAAAAUAUGGUAAUUUGUAUACUGUGUAACUGCAGUAGGCUACGCAGCUUACAAAGAUGCAAUACAAAAUAAAAACAAGUUAAAACUGUAAAAUCAAGCUGCUGUUAAAAUGCCUACUGAUAUUUUCUUUAAAUGUCCACUUUAUUUAUUUGAGUAUUUAUGAAGUGUACUUUAUUUUAAAUGAAAACCAUUUUUAAAAGUCAGACAUAUCAGUAAAACCUGGUUGCCAUCCUGGCUGGUUGCUGUUGAUAGCCUUAUUGCUCAGUUCAGUUCUGCGUACCUAGGAUUGUUUUCCAAGAGACAUAAGAUUGAGAGUGAGGCAGAGAUUGCAUAUGUUCAUUUAAAAACUUCUAGUUCCUGACUUGUCUAAGAUAAGUGUGAAAUUAGACAAAGGAAACUCCUGGUUUCUUGAGCAGUCUAGGAUGUGGUAUUUGAGGAAAAGCUUCCAUGGAUUCUCCUUUUUUAGAAACAAGAAGUUAGUUACAUAACUUCUGCAAACUGCAAAAUUAAGAAAUUGUAUAUUUCAGAAUAAGUGAAUAUGCAAUCCUUCUCCUGUUAAUACUUGGAUAUUCCAGUAAUUUGGGGGCUAAUAGGAAGACAGAGGUCAGCAAACUGCAAUAAGAGGAGCUGGGGUUAGACAGGGAAGGAAGCAGAGUCAUGCAGUGCUUUUCUCCUCAUUUCUGCCUGCAGAUGGAGUUGCUGAUAGAUAAUAAUUCUGCUGUACUUUUACUACACAAGGAACAUUGGUGCACGAGGAUCCAUGGCAGUGGCAGUGCACAGGCGAGCCCUGGGCAUGUGGGCAGGACCCGUGUGCGGCUGCCUCCAAUGUUGGCACUAUGGGGCACCUACAGCAAUGUGGGGGAAGCCCAUGUCAAUGUGUCCCUCUGAGCAAGAAACCGUGUUUACUUGAGUAGGUUGCUGGCAGUCACUUCCGGCACCUUCAAAGAUAACUGCAGACACCUCAGAGCUUCUCAUUUGACAUUAAGAGAUCUGAUGAGCGGGUUUAUAGCUGGGCUUCUUUCCCUCUUGCAUGGAAAAAGGUUGUUUUCCUGCCCUGCUUGUUAGCUGGGCAAAGAGACUCCUGCUGCAGGAUCAGCCUUCUUCGUUAGCUGAGUUGGUGAGGGAGUUGGCCCACUUUCCUCCGUGUGGCAGUAAAUAGCAAGAUCUGCUCUGCCUGCCGCCUCGUGUUGCAAGCAGCUGCUUAAGUCAUGAUUGCUCUUGCCUGCUCUUUCCUCCUUGCUUGUCCUUUUGCCCUCUGUAAGGUAAGCCCCGGCACAGGCUACCUGUUGCCACGUACAGCCAGGGUGGGGCUAAUGCUCGGUCUGUUUUUUUGUUAUUCACAUCCCUGCGAUCCACCAGCUGCAUCUUAAAUUUACGGUGCGAGAGGGGGCCUUAGUGGUCCGCUGACCUUUAAGGAGCAUGACUCAGUGUGUGACUGGUGAUCCUAAAUAUGCACAUGCUUGCUAGCUGGAGGAGUCCUCAGAGUCCAGCACUUGUUGCAAGAAUCCGGAAGUUGGCCCUGGUCCACCGGUGGAUUGAAAUUCUGCCUCUUGCCUUAAAAUAUUUUGCUGUGCCAAGGUGGACUAAAGCAGGUCUCCUAAAGACCAUACACGUUUCUCAUGACCAAAAGGCCUUUGCUGUAAAAUUCUGAGCGUUUUUGAUUCUCGUGGUUUUAAAGGGAGUUGGCUCAAUUUUUCAAGAGUGCAGAGAAAAAUCAGAAACAAGGAGAAACCACAACGGUGUCUUAUCUGUAAAAUCUGCUGGUCUUUUAGGAGCUAAUAUAUGACUGUGCAUAGUAGCUGGGUAGACGCAUUUUGCUUCAGGUUCUUGAUCUUUUCAGAUUAUCACUUAGUCUAAACCUUAUUGCAUGCUUACACAGGAGUAAGGUCCUCUGAACUCAUUCUGAGACAGCAUAUAUAAGAUUUCACUGUUAAAAGAUGUUUACUCUCCCCCCCUCUCCAACCUUUGGGAAAUCCUUGAAGUUGUGUUUUUUUAAAUAGUAUAAUCUUUCCAGAUAAUCUUCUGGCCAUCAUUCAACCUCAUUUUAAAUUAUUGAGCUCCAGACAGGCAGCUCCUUUGUGCAAAAGAGACAGCUGCCUCCCUUCAGCCUUGCACAGAAACCUGUGAGGCGAUGAGCUACACACAGGAGCCCCAUCAAACUCUCACACCACCCCAGAGUCAAAAUUAGAUUGUAAUCUCUUUGGGGGUAGGGACCUGCCAUUUUGGUAAAAAGUGCAGUGGGGCAUAGAUGGUGCCGACAAAAUUCCACACGACCCCCAGGGAAGCGUGUGUGUGUGUGUUUGGCACUUCUCUAAGAAUCUUCCCUAGCCUCUCCUAGAAGGUGACCUAACAAUACAGGUGGAAUCUGUUGGGCUGCAAAGGUUCUGUAUGUUUCUCAGCGAAGGGGGGGGGGGUUGGAAGGCCGAUUGGCAUUUCACAGAGGCCGAGUUUGCAGAAGGGAGUCGAAGGUCAGCCAUGCUUGUCUGCUUUGAAGAGUUGAGAUGGCUGUCCUAAAGGUGAGUGGCGUGGUUGAUGGCAAGUCUCUCUAUAGCUAUGCCUGUCUUGCACUAAAGCAGAGAAGCCAUGGCGACAGCAAAUAGAUUCUUCAAGAUGCCACAAGUACUUUGUGCUGCAGCAACACAGCUACCCCUGGGUAACUUGAGAGAGACUUCCAGAUAGGGGUUGAAUGAUCUUGGUGCCUGGAUCCCUCGGAAAACGUAGCGGAUGAAUCAGGUUACACAUGUGUAUUCCUGUGUCAUUUACCAGCGUGUGAUAAUGAGGUCUCAAGCUCCCUGGGAUUCCAUGCUGGCAAAAGAGUACAUGUGAAUCUGCCCAGAAUGGAGGGAAUAAUUGAAUAUUGUUGGCGCAGCGCUAAAUCCCUUCUGGGAUCUUGGCAUCCCUGCAUGAAGUGCUGCUGAACACUUGACGGGGCAACUCAGUCAGAUGGGCGGGGUACAAAUAAUAAUAAAUUAUUAUUCUUAUUGUUGCUGUUAUUGCUUAAGGGUUCUGGGGAUGCAGGUGGCACUGUGGUCUAAACCACAGAGCCUAGGGCUUGCCAAUCAGAAGGUCGGCAGUUCGAAUCUCCACAACGGGGUGAGCUCCCGUUGCUCGGUCCCUGCUCCUGCCAACCUAGCAGUUCGAAAGCACAUCAAAGUGCAAGUAGAUAAAUAGGUACCGCUCCGACGGGAAGGUAAACGGUGUUUCUGUGCGCUGCUUUGGUUUCACCAGAAGCGGCUUAGUCAUGCUGGCCACAUGACCCGGAAGCUCCAACAGCCAAUAAAGCGAGAUGAGCGCCGCAACCCCAGAGUCGGCCACGACCGGACCUAAUUUACCCUUUACCUUUAAUGGCUUAAUUUUGAAAUGAAAUCUCAUUUCAGUUAGAUGUGGUUCAUUUUAUGUAUGGCAGGGAUAACCAAUGUCAUACCUUGCAGACAUGUUGGAGUCCAACCCCCAUUAGCCCCCCUUGUGCCUGUUCUGGUGUGAGCUGAUGGGAGCUGUAGUCCAACCCCUCUGGAGGGUGCCAGGUUGGGCAAGGCUGUUCAUGGGAUGGCUCUGUGCAGGGUGCAGUAGUAACUGGCAUGCGAAAUGAGAGAAUGUCAUGUUUUUAUUCCAGGAUCUAAGUUCACACUUCUAAUUUAAGAAAAGUAUUUUGAAAGAAAACCACUUGGUGCUCGUGGAGCACCUCAAGCCUCCAUCAAACUUCGCUUUGCAUUCCAGAGAGAUCCGGGGCCAAAUCAGUUCUGCCUCCUUACCGACUCUAAAGUGUGUUUGGUGGGAGGGCUUGACUUCUUUCCACCAAAGAGCUGGAAGCAGGAGAGUGUUGGGGAAGGAGUGGGUUUAGCGCCCCUCCUCUGGACAUGCCUUUUGAUGUAUGUAUGCCCCUCCCUCCCCCUGGUUUGUAGCCAAAGGUCUGUUAAAUGCAGGCACGCACAGACACACCGUGGGCUGUCCUUUGAACCCUGCCCCGUGGCACGUGGAGGGACCCAGGAGCAGUUUUUGUGCUUGGUUCUUCCUCGAGCUAGAGAUUGCUGCCUGCUCUCUCUCUCUCGCUCUCUCUUCCAGGCUUCUGCUGUAGCUGCUUGUUCUUGUCUCCCACAGGUUGAUUUAUCGCAUUUGGCUCCCGAGGAGAGAUGGAGGUGAGUGAAGAGCCUGCCUGCCUGCUUGCCUGCCUGCAAGGUUCAUGGACUUGUCAGAUGACACCUGUUUUCUCUUCUAUUGGGUCCUUAAAGACCAAGUUGCCUGCCUGGUGCAGUUUUCUUCAUGGCUGGUGCACAAAGCACUUGUGGAAACGUAAAAUUAUGCAGUUUGCAUGUGCCCCUCAAGAGAAUUUUCUGUCUCCUCCCUCUUCUCCAUCUUUGCAGGAGAGCUGAACUGCCGCUUCAUUUGUGGUCAUUUAAAACUUGACAGAUCCCGUGUUAAGAGGGUAUCUGGCAGAGCAGCAGGUCUGGACUUCAAACAGUUGAUGCAUUUGGGUGGUGGUUCCUUUAAAAGGGUCCUGCUCCCCUCCCUUGUUUUGACUGAGGGAGGCUGCCAUAGUUCAGCUUAGCUGCCCCCGGCGCUUGAGCCCACCGUUAGGCUGUGCCACCUCACUUCCUGUGCCAAACGCCGCCCAGCUUUGCAACCUGGACAAAUAGUGCCAGCCGGCCUGUUUCCAUUGCUUUUUUCCAGUACAUUGUUAUGCAUCUGCUACUUACUCUGUGUAAUUUUUAUUCACUUCGUAGCUCCUUUCCAUCCUUGUUUGUGUUCAAGGUGCCAAAGAUCAUAUUGGUCUGGCAUUUCGCUUCCUACAGGGGCCAAUUCAGGAACCUUCCUCCAUUUUAAGAACCCUGACCUAGUGCAAAAAAAGAAACAAAAAAAUGUUCAGCUCUCUGCCUUGCUUGGAUUUACCUUGUGCAGUUUCAGUAAGCCUCCCUCCAACCGCGUACGGUUGAAACCGCAAGAAGUUAAAUGUGUGCAAUCGUACUGUACCAAACUCCAUGUUUCCUGCAGCCCACGACCCACACACACAUACCUGCUUCCGGGUCUUCUUGCAGAGUCCCGUUUGCCAUGCAGGUGUGAUGCUGCCAAGCACCCUCUGUGCUUACCUGAGAUGCAAGAGCUGCACAGACCGUGAGUGUGCGAGAGACUGACUUGCUCUUCUCUCGUUCCAGGGUCGAACACGCUCGGAUGCAUGCCAAGCACCGCGGCCACGAGGCCAUGCACGCCGAAAUGGUCCUCAUCCUGAUCGCCACCCUGGUGGUGGCUCAGCUCCUCCUUGUGCAGUGGAAGCAGAGGCACCCCCGCUCCUAUAACGUAAGCUGCUCCCUCCCCAGGGUACAUGUUCUCGAGACCCCUCCACCAUCCUCACAGGGGUGCCACCUAUGGAAGCCCCACCUGAAAGGGGAUGAGGCUGCAUUCUGUAGAGGGAGCUGGAUGAGGAGGGGCUGGGCUUUGUGGCUGUGCCUCUGCUCCCUUUGGGCAGAAGCCCCACUCACAUGGUAUCCCACUGGGCAAGCAGCAAAAAACCCCAACGCAAAUAGUACACUAGAAAAUGUGGCUGAACCCAGCUUACAUUCUGUGUUUGGCAGUGGUAUAGUUCACUCCAUCUUCCAUCCUGGAGAUAUUUGAAGAUGGCUACCAUAUCUCCGGGGACGCGGGUGGCGCUGUGGUCUAAACCACAGAGCCUAGGGCUUGUCGAUCAGAAGGUCGGUGGUUCAAAUCCCCACGAUGGGGUCAGCUCCUGUUGUUCGGUACCAGCUCCUGCCAACCUAGCAGUUCGAAAGCACAUCAAGUGCAAGUAGAUAGUUACCACUCUGGCAGGAAGAUAAACGGCGUUUCCGUGCGCUGCUCUGGUUCUCCAGAAGCGGCUUAGUCCUGCUGGGCACAUGACCCGGAAGCUGUACGCCGGCUCCCUCGGCCAAUAAAGCGAGAUGAGCGCCGCAACCCCAGAGUCGGACACAACUGGACCUAAUGGUCAGGGGUACCUUUACCUUUACCUUUACCAUAUCUCCUCUCAGUCUCCUCUUUUCUAGGUUAAACCUCCCCAACUCCCUCAAUCGUUCCUCCUAAGGCUUGGAUUCCAGACCCUGGAUCCUCCAGGUUGUCGACAUCCUCCUUAAAUCGCGUUGCCCAGAACUCUUUCCUUCUCUUCCCUUGCUACAGAUGGUGACCCUCUUCCAGAUGUGGGUUGUGCCCCUCUACUUCACAGUGAAGCUGCACUGGUGGCGGUUCCUGGUGAUCUGGGUCUUCUUUUCCGUCGUCACAGCUUUCGUCACGUUCAGAGCAACACGCAAACCUCUCGUCCAGACGACUCCCAGGUAAGCAGAAACCUCUUGGCUCUUACAUAAGAACGCUGCAGCCAGUGGCACACCAGGCCCAGCAUCCUGUUCUCUCAGUGCUUAACCAGACGCCCAAAGGGAAACCUGCAAACAAGAUUUGAGCACUAGAGCAACUCUCUCGCCUCCUGCGGUUUCCAGCAAUUCAGAAGCAUUGCUGCUCCCAGCUGUGGAGGCAGAGCAGAGCCAUCCUGGCCAGGAGCCAUCAAUAGCCCUCUCCUCCUCCUCUGUGAAUUUGUCCUAUCAUCUUUCAAAGCCAUCCAAAUUGGGGGCCAUCCCCUCCUCCUGCCGGAAGGAGUUCCAUAGUUUAACUCUGCGCUCCAUGAAGGACUUUCUUUUCUCUGCCCUGAAUCUGUGUUCCCGCUUCUCUCUUUUGCACGUAGGUUGGUGUACAAGUGGUUUCUGCUAAUAUACAAGAUCAGCUACGCCACAGGAAUUGUGGGCUACAUGGCUGUGAUGUUCACGCUCUUUGGGCUUAACCUAUUAUUCAGGUGAGAGAACUCCUCUGUUGUUGGCAUUGCAAGAGAUAUAGCUUUCAAGUCUCCCACUAGCUGCCAGAACUGCCCUCUUCAUAGAUGUGCCCUUGCCUUAGUAAAAAGGACCCCUGACUAUUAGGUCCAGUCGUGACCGACUCUGGGGUUGCGGCGCUCAUCUUGCUUUACUGGCCGAGGGAGCCGACGUACAGCUUCCGGGUCAUGUGGCCAGCAGGACUAAGCCACUUCUGGCGAACCAGAGCAGCACACAGAAACGCCAUUUACCUUCCCGCCGGAGCCGUACCUAUUUAUCUACUUGCACUUUGACGUGCUUUCGAACUGCUAGGUUGGCAGGAGCUGGGACCGAGCAACGGGAGCUCACCCCAUCAUUGCAGGGAUUCGAACAGCCAACCUUCUGAUCGGCAAGUCCUAGGCUCUGUGGUUUAACCCACAGCGCCACCCGCGUCCCCUUGCCUUAGUACAUGGCGUAUCAGAAGAAUAGUUUGGGGAAGUGGGAUGGGCAGUCGAAUGGGCACAAAUCUGGCAGCGCAGAGCAAGAUACGAGGGGUGCGGGGCUAUGAGAUGUUCAGCACUCGUAACCACUGCAUCCCGCUGGCUCUGCUCUACCCCUGUGAAAUGCUUAGAAAUCAGAAAAGGAGACAUUUUCCCAGCGUCAUCCUGUGAUCUGAGAGGCAUGCCCCAGGAAUAGGGACCAAGGAUCCCGGGGAGAGGAAUGUGAUUUGGAAGGCUGCGCUUUAGCGAUAUUAUUCAUGCUGCCUCAAAGCACCUUUUAUUGUCCAACUAAACAGCCAAGCCAGCCCUAAAUUAAGCAGGUGUGGUGCAGUUGCAGCAAAAGAUGUUCAGCCUCAAGGGGGUGAUCCCACACUCUCCCUUCGGCCCCUUCCUUCUGCUUCACUGUUGAAUUGGGGAGUCUGGAUGCUGAGCGUGACCCAGAAGAGAGACAAACCAUGGGCAGAACUACGGCCGCCCUGCGGUCCCUCAGUGCCCCUCACAGUCUGUCUCAUGAACGUGGUCAGCGGAUCUGAGCAUGAUCUGUGCCAGAAAGAGACCCAAAUCAUCCAGCGUUGGGGGCCGAGUGGCAAAGAGGAAUGGAGAGGAACAUAGGAAGCAGCAGCAGCCGCCAGGAGGGGGCGACGUGCAGCUCCUCCCCGUUUAAAUACUGGAAGGCUUGCUCCAUGUUUACUUCCUGACUUCUAGGAAUCCCACUCUCCUGGCAGACGCAAGCCUCUUUCUCUGUGAAAAGGAAGAAAUGCUAGCUGAUGUGUUCAGGGCACCAGUUCCGUGCCAGAUCCCUGAUUCUGCAUUAGCGCUGAGAAAUGCUGGGCAUGCAGAAGACAUUCAGAGAGUGCAGCACGGGGCAAAGUGAGGAAUCGGGGACCCGGGAGGAGGCCAAACCCCUAAGGCACCUGGUUUGCCUGAGCAUGCAGCUAGGAAGUCCCCCAGGCUCCCACCAGCCCCAUCCAUUGGCCCCGCUCGCCAGGGAGGGGGGUGGUUGUAGUCCCAGAAAAUCUGGGGGAACUACAGUUCCCAAGGGGCUGAUCCACAGAUGCGCUGGGAGUUUGUUCAUUUUGAAGUCUAAGCACCGUGCCUGCCCCUGAGCAUCUUGUCCUGAAGGGAGACAUUUUCCUGAGGCAGGCUCCCUCUGCCCCCGUAAGAGGUGAAAUUAAGCUGGCAUGAGAGAACCUGCAGCGUGGCUUCUGCGUGGGGUGUUCAGUAAAGGCCCUAGCAGUUGCCCUGAGCUGUCUGUCAGUGUGGGACUUACGAAAGGCUGUUCCCUUCGAUAGAAUCAAGCCAGAAGAUGGAAUGGACUUUGGGAUUUCUCUCCUCUUCUAUGGCCUCUAUUACGGAGUACUGGAGCGAGACUUUGCCGAGAUGUGUGCUGACUACAUGGCCUCCACUAUAGGGGUAAGAUUCAUGCAGGGCAAGCCGCGUUUUAGAGAAAAGGGUUAACGUAACCUUGGGAAACAAAAUAACAAACAUAAAUUUAGGAAAGCCAAGUAACGCUGUCCCAUUUGACACGGGGGUAGGCAAACCUUUGAAAAACCAACAAAUAAUCAGUGUUGAUGAAUUCUAGGUUUUAUACAGUGGUGCCUCACAAGACGAAAUUAAUCCGUUCCGCGAGUCUCUUCGUCUUGCGGUUUUUUCGUCUUGCGAAGCACGGCUAUUAGCGGCUUAGCGGCUAUUAACGGCUUAGUGGCUAUUAACGGCUUAGCGGCUUUAAGAAAAAGGAAACAAACUCGCAAGAACUCACAAGACGUUUCGUCUUGCGAAGCAAGCCCAUAGGGAAAUUCAUCUUGCGGAACGACUCAAAAAACGGAAAACUCUUUCGUCUUGCGAGGCACCACUGUACACUGGUGCAGAUAAAAGAGCGCUGUAAAUUGUCAGCGUUGGCAUUGGUGAUAAAUGCCCUCUUGAGUUUCUGCAUCCUCAGAUCCAUUUUUCAUCUCCUCUGAUAUGGCCAAGUCCCAACCAUUAGCAUACCCCAAACAAAUAUUUAGGUAUUGUAAUACUUUCCCCCUUUCAAGCAAUGGAUAAUCUGGCAGCAUCCAACAGCACAAGUCAGUCCUUUGGCCGAAUGUCCACGUUCAGAUCCUUAAAAACGGGCUGCAGAGAUAGUUGUGGAGCUCCCUUGAUAGGGUCCCAAGUAAUUUUAGAAAUUUAUUGAUGUGCUUCAGUCCAAAAGUUACAAACAAAGGGGGGUGGGGUGGGGGGAGUUGCUUAUAAUCCGAUCUUGUUGGUCACCAAGGGCUCACCCACACUUUCACUUGGCCCAUAUUUUGGUCAUAUUGUGUCCCGAUUAAUUCCCCACCCCCGGGUUCGAGAGCUUUUCUGGUCAUUCUGCAAAAAUCCAGUCUCACCCGCUGAACCAGAGAUUUUGCUCAAUCAAGUUUCAGUUCAGUGGGGAAGAUGGGAUUUUUGCAAGGCACAGAACGAGAACGGAAGAGGGAGCUAAGAGGCAUGAUGAUGGUGCCUGGCGGUGUUCCUGCCCCAACUGCCUUGAGGCUGCUCUUCCUGGGCAACAUCCUGCUUCUGUGAGCAGCUGAGGGCUGCUCUGCCCUGAGCUUGGGUGGCGGCUGAAUUCUGAGUGCCAAAGCCGCCUUUCACUUGGGGUUUCAGCUAAACAAGCGCCAGGUAUUGGACUAGUUUUUUACACCGGGCUGGGGACUUUUCCCUGGGCAAGGAGGCAUUUAAUGCUACAGAUGAUCUCAAUACCAGGAGGAUGAGCUGGCAGGUCAUGCUGUGAUCGCAGCAAAAGAGGGGGCUCUCUCUCUCUACCUCCGUGACAAACUUCAGCCACCAGUCGGUGCCAGAGAGCUUCUUUGAGAAGCACUCUUCAUAAUAGCCUCAGGACGCAAAGUGCAUCCACAUGGGGCAAACUGCGCCCUCGGUUUCUAGAGAGAGGCAUUCAGAGAUGUGUUCAUGACAGCCACGCUUGACACAUUCAAGGGUGAUCAGAUUUGUAGCCCCGAACCAUCUGGAGCAGCGGUCCUCAAACUACGGCCUGUGGGCCAGAUCUGGCCUGCCAGUGUCCUGGACCCUGCCCACCUUGCAGAUCGCUCCUGACACACACUCGCCUGCCGGCAAGGCCCGAGGCUCAGAAGUGGCUGGGCGGGAAGAGUCCUGAGGUAAAAGCGCGCGUGUGUAACAAAGCCUUGGUAAUGCGGUAGCUACCGCCACCACCAGCUGCUUGGUAACGGCGCGCUGCCCCUUUAAGUCGGCGGAGGAUGGGACGGUGGCAAAGGAACCCCUUCCACGCCAGCCCUUCCCCUCCUCCCUUCCCCUCAGGCCAGCUCCGUGCCCACCGGAGCAGUGCCUCGCCGGCUGGUUGCCUCCUUAUCGCACUCGCGGGUCCCGUGCGGCGGCCUUGGCAACCUUAAAAGUUAGGGAAGCCCCAAAAACACAGGCAAGAUAUGCAAAUAGAAUUAGCAAGAAGAGAAGCCUGAAUCACAACAGUUUAUUGUACAAGGGAAUCUCCACGUAAAUAGUGGUGGGUUAACCUUUCAAAUAAAGCUCUCCACCCACACUUCCCCAAGUCUGAAAAUAAACGUCAAUGCAGAGAAAGUCAUACGCAUGAGGAACAACAACAUCAAAAAUAACCCAGAAGAAAUGAAGUAUAAAAGUGACUCACAGCGCCUACAUCAAACUGGAAACAGAGUACCAAGUUUUAACCUCCUUAAUAAUACGUAGUAGUAAUAAUUUAUUAUAUGUGCAGUGUGCAUAGGAAUUCGUUCAUAUUUUUUUCAAACUAUAGUCCGGCCCCCAACAGUGUCUGAGGGACAGCGAACUGGCCCCCUGUUUAAAAAGUGUGAGGAACCCUGGCCUGGAGCGAGGGAGCCAGGCUGGAGAAAGCCUCUCUCAUUUCAUUGAUUACACUUCUUAGUCACUUGUGACCCAAAAGUCUCCAUUGAGAAAGAUACACAAUACAGAAUGUCAUGGUGGUUGGAGAGGGAAUCAUAUAAUACACGAAUGUUUCAUAUAGCAAACUGUUGGGAGAGGAAACAUACCAGCUGUAUAAAUAGUAGUGAACAACGUUAACAACACAGUGGUACCUUGGUUGUCAAACUUAAUCUGUACCGGAAGUAUAUUCAACUCCCAGAACCGUUCGAAAACCAAGGCGCGGCUUCCGAUUGGCUGCAGGAGCUUCCUGCACUCAAGCAGAAGUCGCGCCAGAUGUUCGGCUUCCAAAUUUUUUUCAAAAACCAGAACACUUACUUCCAAGUUUGUGGCAUUCGGGAGCUGAUUUGCUCAGGAGCCAAGCCAUUUGACAACCAAGGUACCACUAUGCUAAAAUAAUAAACACAGCAAUCAAAGAGUGACAAAGUAUCACCCCCUGACCCUUUUGCAGCCAGCCUCAGUUCCCUGGAUGAGGUCUUGCUUCUUGGGUGGGGGGGUCCUCCCAUGUGCUGUUGCCACCUGGCUGCGGUUACUCUGCGCUCUCGCCGCAGCCUUCAUCAUCACCGUAGUUCUUUCCUGAGCCGCUUUUCCACAGUUGUAGCCCUGCUCAAGGCAGCUUGCAAGACGAGAAGUUCACGUAAUAAUGAAAGCGUAACAAAAGUAGUCGUAAGCAGCAAAUAAAGACAUUUGAAGGCACGUGGAACAGAAUUAAGCAAUCCCCAGGAAAGAUCUAAAAAUAAAGAAAUGGGAAAUUAAUAACAGUAACAGUGAAACUGACGUAAAGGUAAAGGGACCCCUGACCAUUAGGUCCAGUCGUGGCUGACUCGGGUUGCGGCGCUCAUCUCGCUUUAUUGGCCGAGGGAGCUGGCGUACAGCUUCCAGGUCAUGUGGCCAGCAUGACUAAGCUGCUUCUGGCGAAACUAAAGCAGCGCACAGAAACACCAUUUAUCUUCCUGCCGGAGUGGUACCUAUUUAUCUACUUGCACUUUGACGUGCUUUCGAACUGCUAGGUUGGCAGGAGCAGGGACCGAGCAAUGGGAGCUCACCCCUUCGCGGGGAUUCGAACCGCCGACCUUCUGAUCGGCAAGUCCUGGGCUCUGUGGUUUAACCCACAGCGCCACCCGUGUCCCUGAAACUGACGUAUCCACAAUUAAAUCAUGACCCAGACUAAACCCCCUAAAGCGAGUCUGCAGAUCCUGAGAAGCAGGUCUUGAAGGACUCGCAUCCAAGGUGGUCUCUGGGGCUAGUUUGCUGGUAUUCCCCCCAGGAGGGAGCCUGAGUUGAGAUGCCUCCACUCACCCGGGUCCUCUGUGUCUUCCUCCCGGCCUCUCGGCGCCUGCGGAGCAGUUCUACAGCGCGUCAGGGAUGCCCACCAAGCACCUCUCGGACAGCGUCUGUGCCGUCUGUGGCCAGCAGAUCUUUGUGGACGUCAACGAAGAAGGGAUCAUCGAGAACACGUACAGGCUGUCCUGCAAUCACGUGUAUCCUUUGGCGGGGGUGCUCUCUGUAAUUCCGGCAUCGCCGGGGUGUGUGUGGACCAGGUGGUUCUUGGGGGCUCCUUCCAACCCGACAAUUCUGUGAUUCCACGGCCUCUGAAUAGAGUGGGCUGUCUGUCAUUGGAGGUUUCUAUGCAGAGAGUGGCUAGUUGAGAUUCCUGCAUUGCGGGGGGGGGGGUGGACUGGAUGAGCCUUGGGGGUCCCUUUCCAACUCUGCACAGUUCUACACUUCUAAGUGCUGACGUUCUCAUUCUUCAGAGGGCCAAGCCCGGUUCCCCUUCUCCCGGAAGCCGUGACUUUGCAGGGGUGCCGUCAUCCCCAUGUGUGUUCGCCCACACCACAACCAGGGGAAGCGUUGAGGCCCUGACUAAAUUCACGACUGCUUCCCCGGCCCAGUUUCUGUGACGCUGCCUCCCUGCGGCUGGGAGGUGGUUGGUGGUUUCCUCCAUGUGCGCCGGGGUGGCGGGGGAGCGAGACUCCUUGCGGCUUGUGCUGAAAUGUCAUGACUUGUGGCCGCUGGUUUCAGCCAGGAACAUUUCGUACCUCUGCGCUCUUUCGUAGGGAAGCUUGAGCAGAAAGCGAGCAAAGAGUGAGGAAGAAAAUCCUUUGCUGCUUAGCAGCCUUUCCCAGCAUGGCACCCUCUGGCUGUUUCAGACUACGACUCCCAGCAGCCCCAGGCAGCACAGUUGUUAGAGCGCGAGACUCUUAAUCCCAGGGUUGUGGGUUCGAGCCCCACAUUGCGUGAAAGAGUCCUGUGUUCCGGGGGGGGGCUAGAGGACCUUCAGGGUUCCCAUUCAACUUCACAUUUCCGUGAUUCUAGGGAUCCUGAGCGCAGCCUUUGAGCUUUGUGUUGGGAGUCCUGGUUAGUGACGCAGCAGCCCUUGUGGCUCCCUAGUGUGUGGUUGUGGUUGGAGAAAGAGGAACCAGGAGUGACACAUGAAGGCAGAGGCGUGGAACUGGCAAGCGUCCGUCACAAGCGCUGGGGACGCCUCGUGUGUUUGUUUUUCUGCCCUGUUACUAUGACAGUUCAGUGUCCGGUCAUGGCCGGAAUCUAUGUACAUGCAUGUUUCCCCAAAUGACUUUCGCAGGCUUCCAUUUCAAAGGCAGGAGGGCGCCCAACUAGCCAAUGGCUGCCUUGGGCUUGGAUUCAAUUUGAUUUAUUGCUUCGCUAUUCCACUUUCCAUUUGAAUGUAUCCGCGUACAGGCAAUGAAUCACAAAGACAGCAUCACAAGUAUGGUCACAUAUUAUAUAUAUGGAACCAUUCUUCUUCUUCUCUGGCGAUCCCUCGUAGCCGAGUAAGAUUGUCUUCCAUGAAUACGGUUUUAUCAAUGAGUCUGUAAGUGACUGUGGAGGCCAAUUCUGGAUCCUCACGUCCUUCCACAGUGCGGACGUAGGUUUCCGGGCAGGAGUUGAUCACAGGGUGGAUUUGCCAAGCAUGCCUUCCUCUUAGCGCGUUUCUCUCUUGCGUCCUGAGUUCGAGUGUCUUCAAAGCCCCUGACACCUUUGGUCAAGGCUGUUCUCCAAUUGGAGCCCUCUGCCUAACCACAGGAGCUGCGCCAGGUCCUUUGGAACCGUAGAACUGGACUCGGAAGGGGCCCAGAAAGUCAUCUAGUCUAACCCCCUGCAGUGCAGGAAUCGCAGUGAACAAGAAGACCAGCUGCAGUCAGGGCACGUCAGAGGCAGCAGGUGCUUCUGAUGGACAUUUUGGGGGGGCGUGGGGCUCUCUGUCCCUCCUCUCCCCCAUUCCACAGGGUGAAACGUGAACCCCACCCCACCCCGGUAGGCGGCCAGCAGCAGACCAACAUGCCGUUGCCUUUUCUGCGCUUUGCUCCCGCUGCCCUUAACUCGCUGCCCCUCCCAGCUUCCACGAGUUCUGCAUCCGCGGCUGGUGCAUCGUUGGGAAGAAGCAGACCUGCCCCUACUGCAAAGAGAAGGUGGACCUGAAGAGGAUGUUCAGCAACCCGUAUCCUUCAAGGAAGGGGGUCUGCAGGAGAGGGGAGGAAGGGUCUGCAGCCAGAACAGGCACACCAAGAAGCUCCUUUGACUGAAAGGCAGCAGCAGCCUAUGGCUGGGCGCAGGCUGGACAGGAGCAGCUUCUUCUGCCCAGUCCCUCAGAGGUUGCAGCCAUGGCAGUACAGUGGUACCUUGGCUCUCAAACUUAAUCCCUUCCGGAAGUCCGUUCCAAAAGCAAGGCGCGCUUUCCCAUAGAAAGUACAGUGGUACCUCGGGUUACAGACGAUUCAGGUUACAGAUGCUUCAGGUUACAGACUCCGCUAAUCCAGAAAUAUUAUCUCGGGUUAAGAACUUUGCUUUAGGAUGAGAACAGAAAUCGCGCAGCGGCGGCAGCAAGAGGCCCCAUUAGCUAAAGUGGUGCUUCAAGUUAAGAACAGUUUCAGGUUAAGAACGGACCUCCAGAACUAAUUAAGUUCUUAACCCGAGGUACCACUGUAAUGCAAAAUGGAUUAAUCCGUUCCAAGCUUUUAAAAACAACCCCUAAAACAGCAACUUAACAUGGAUUUACUAUCUAACGAGACCAUUGAUCCAUAAAAUGAAAGCAAUAAUCAACGUACUGCAGUCACACAAUCAUUCAAUCAGUAGCAGAACUAGGUUCCACACAGUUGCAAAAACAAAAACGCAAAAUAGUGAAAACAGGCAGACCUCAGCGUAACACUCAAAACGGAGCACGUUUGGCUUCCGAAAAAAGUUCGCAAACCGGGACACUUACUUUCAGGUUUGCCGUGUUUAGGUUCCAAGUUGUUUGAAUAGCAAGGCGUUUGAGAACCAAGGUACCACUGUAGUGCCUGAAAUGAUACAUGGUCUGGCAAAGGGACAGGCAGAGAAAAGUUUCCUUUCCUCUGUCAUCACUCCGGAUCUCGCGGGCAUCCAGCAGAGAUAAAAAGAAAGGACACACAGUUAACCUAUGGAACUCCCUCCCACAUGAGGCUAGAUGGCUUUAAAGGAGGACUGGGCAGAUUCAUGGAGGAGAGGAAGGGAUUAGCCCUGGGCUGAACGUCAAAAGAGCCUGCUGGAUCAGGCCAAUGGCUGAUCUGGUUCUGCAUCCUCUUCUCCCAGUGGCCAGCCUGUGGGAAACCAUCACGCAGGAACCGGCCACAAUAGCCCUCUCCUCCCCUGUGGUUUCCAGCAACUGGUGUUCAGAAGCACGGAGGCAGAGCUAGCAGCCAUCAACAGCCCUCCAUGAAUUUGUCCAAUCCUCUAGGUUGGCUGCCACCACUUUCCUGCAGCAGAGAGUUCCACAGUUUUAACUACCGUAUUUUUCACACCAUAAGACGCACCUAGCUUUUAGAGGGGGAAUGCAAGGGGAAUAUUUUUUUUAAAGGGAGCGCUGAGCAGAGCCUGUCUGCAUCCCAGGCACUGCUCAGCGCUCCCUUUCACGAGCCGUGUGGAGCGUGUGUGCGGUGCUUGCAGACUUUCCUCGGGGGGAAAGCCUCCAAGCGGCUCGUGAAAGGGAGUGCGGCUCUUGGGGGCUUUUCCGGGGAGGUGGGGCUGCCCUCUGUCCCUUCCCCCACCUCCCGCAAAAGCCAGCAAGAGCCGUGCGCUCUUUAAAGGGUGUGCGGCUCUUGGGGGCUUUUCCUGCUUGCCUCCCGCCUGCAUUCGCUCCAUAAGAUGCACACACAUUUCCCUUUACUUUUUAGGAGGGAAAAAGUGUGUGGAGCGAAAAAUACGGUAUGUUCCUCUGGAAGAACCUUCUCCCUGCAGCUGCCAAAGCUUCGGACCCGCAGGGGUCUGAAACUCAUUACUCGUUAAUUUGGGCAAUUCUAAGCGGGAGGAGCAGGUAUCCCACCGGCUUUGGGCCCCCCUGGUUUUUGCACCUCGAGUUUCCUUUUAACUCUUUCCGCUGCAGCUGGGAACGGCCGCACGUCAUGUACGGGCAGCUCCUCGACUGGCUCCGCUACCUGGUGGCCUGGCAGCCGGUCAUCAUCGGACUGGUCCAAGGGAUCAACUACAUCCUGGGCUUGGAGUAA